CACGAACUUGUGGGAUGUGCAAGUACACAUCUGGAUGAUUCCUAGUUUUAGCAGUAAGUUAACAGCUAGACAACUCUGUAGACAACUGUAUCGUUCUUUAACCACUGUUAAUCAGUGGUACUAUUCUCUGAAAAGGUUAAAUAUAUGGUACUGAGAAGUUUUUCUUUCACUGCACCGUGGCCCGGCCAGUAAAAGGACCUGUAAUGAUGGCUGCAUCUGAAAACCAGUUGGAUGAAGUAUCCAAUUCUAAUGGACAAGGGAUAACCAAUUGUGGAUUUGAAUUACAGGAGGAACAAACCACGGAUGUCAGUCAUGUGGACGGGAGACUGAGGAGAGGUCUUUUCAAAGCAGAGAGUUUUUGUAAAGAACAGUCCCAAACUAUUAAGUACAUUGUUUAUGGAAUACUUUCAUGUGGUUAUGUAGCUUACUUCAUUGCGGCUUGUGUGCUAAAUUUCCAGAGGGCCAUUGCUCUUGUAGUCCUGAACUGUCUGGCUGUUUUCUUCAUCAUCUAUGACCUUGUGAAAAGAUACAAAGGAGACAGCUUAAAGCGAUGCUUCAGACCUGUUGAGAGAUGUUUCAGAGGCAACGUGCGAUGGCUCAAAUGGGUGUUCCUGGUGGUGGUACUGGCUCUCUUGGUGACCUGGCUGGCAGUGGACACAUCCAAACGUCCUGAGCAGCUCAUCUCCUUUGGAGGCAUCUGCUUGUUUCUCCUCCUGAUAUACAUUUUCUCUGUUCACCGUGAAGCAGUGUCAUGGCGAGCUGUGUUUUGGGGUCUUGGCUUGCAGUUUGUUAUUGGCCUCUUCGUAAUACGAACUGAACCAGGCCUUACAGCCUUCAAAUGGCUUGGAGAUCAAGUACAGAUAUUCUUAAACUACACCAUUGCAGGAUCAUCAUUUGUGUUUGGAAAUGAUCUGGUCACACAAGCCUUUGCAUUUCAGGCUUUACCCAUCAUUGUGUUUUUCAGUAGUGUAAUGUCUGUCCUCUAUUACCUUGGAAUCAUGCAGUGGAUCAUUAUCAAGAUCGCAUGGAUCAUGCAGAUAACAAUGGGAACUUCUCCCACUGAGACUUUGAGUGUAGCAGGCAACAUAUUUGUCGGGCAGACAGAGGCUCCACUGCUUAUCCGGCCCUAUCUGCAAGAAAUGACCAAAUCUGAGAUCCACGCAGUGAUGACUGGUGGCUUUGCCACUAUUGCAGGCAGUGUGAUGGGAGCAUACAUUUCAUUUGGAAUUGAUGCAGCUUCCCUAAUUUCAGCCUCUGUAAUGGCAGCCCCCUGUGCCCUGGGUUUAGCAAAGCUUUCCUACCCUGAGACCUGUAAAACCAAGUUCAAGACUAAAGACCAGAUCAAGGUGGACAGCAGUGGGGAGCAAAAUAUCCUGGAGGCUGCCAGCAAUGGAGCAUCUGCAUCAAUAGCACUUGUUGCUAACAUUGCUGCUAAUUUGAUUGCUUUCCUGGCCAUACUGGACUUCAUAAAUGCUGCACUAAAGUGGCUUGGAGGGAUGGUGGGAUAUCCUGAGAUAACAUUUGAGAUGAUCUGCUCCUACGUGUUCAUGCCUGUGACUUUCAUGAUGGGAAUCCCUUAUGAGGAGUCUUUUGUGGCUGCUGAGCUCAUUGGCACCAAACUGUUCCUAAAUGAGUUUUUGGCCUAUGAGAGACUCUCUAAACUGAAAAACAACAGGCUCAAUGGUUUGCCACCUGUCAGUGAUUCGGAAAGGCAAUGGAUCUCGGUCAGAUCAGAAACCAUCUGCACAUAUGCUCUUUGUGGUUUUGCUAAUUUCACCUCACUGGGGAUCAUGAUUGGAGGACUGUCAUCUAUUUGUCCAUCCAGAAGAGGGGAUAUAUCUAAGACAGUGAUGAGAGCUCUGUUUACAGGGACCUGUGCAUCUCUGGUAAAUGCGUGCAUUGCUGGGCUUUUGUUUGUUCCUCCAUUGGACUGCCUGGAUGUGUUCAGAAAUUCUGUCUUCAACAGCACCUUUUCCAACAUUACAACCUGUUGUACCGAUCUUUUUGGAAGUGCAAUUAAUAAUGGAACUGCUGUGCAUUUCACUGGAUCCUGGAGCAACGUGAUGAAUGCCACCCUAUACUUCACCAGCUGUUGUGACUUAUAUAAUAACACUAUGUGUUUCUGAAACUCAUGA